AUGGCAUGGCGAUGCUUGGUGGUUUUCAACGUGAUAAGUGUGAUAAUAGGUAGCAGCAGUGGUUAUGAGCCCACCUGGGAGUCCAUCGACUCCCGGCCGCUUCCCGAGUGGUAUGACCAGGCCAAGUUCGGGAUCUUCAUCCACUGGGGGGUCUUCUCCGUCCCCAGUUUUGGCAGCGAAUGGUUUUGGUGGUACUGGCAGAAGCAGCAUAUGCAACCGUAUGUUAAUUUCAUGAAGAAUAAUUAUCCGCCUGGGUUUCAGUAUCAGGACUUUGCCCAUCAGUUCACCGCUGAGUUUUUUAAUGCCAAGGAGUGGGUGGACAUCUUUGCCUCUUCAGGAGCCAAGUACAUCGUCCUGACGACGAAACACCACGAAGGGUUCACUCUGUGGGGGUCCAAGACGUCGUGGAACUGGAACGCCGUUGACGUGGGCCCCAAGCGCGACCUGGUGGGCGAGGUGGCGGCCGCGCUGCGCUCCGGGAGCGACCUGCGCCUCGGACUGUACCACUCGCUCUUCGAGUGGUUCAACCCGCUGUUUGAGCAGGACGCCGCCAGCGGCUUCAAGACCCGCCUCUUCCCCGACGCCAAGUCCCUGCCGGAGCUGUACGACCUCGUCAACACGUACCGGCCCGAGGUGCUCUGGUCGGACGGGGACGGGGACGCCCCUGACCAGUACUGGAACAGCACGGGCUUCCUGGCCUGGCUGUACAACGACAGCCCUGUGCGGGACACGGUGGUGACCAACGACCGGUGGGGCUACGGCUCCAUCUGUAAGCACGGAGGGUACUACACCUGCGCCGACCGCUACAUGCCCGGACACCUGCUGGCGCGCAAGUGGGAGAACUGCAUGAGCAUCGACCGCAAGUCGUGGGGCUACCGGCGGGAAGCGCCCCUCGGGGACUACCUCACCAUCGAGCAGCUGAUCACGACCCUGGUGGAGACGGUGUCACUGGGGGGCAACCUCCUGCUGAACGUGGGGCCCACCCACGACGGGCGCAUCUCCCCCAUCUACGAGGAGCGUCUGCGGCAGGUGGGCGGCUGGCUGCGGGUCAACGGCGAGGCCAUCUACAACAGCACGGCCUGGAGGGCCCAGAACGACACCCUCACGCCCAACGUCUGGUACACGUACGGACCUCAGAGAAAGGCCGUCUACGCCUUUCUACUGGACUGGCCUAAAGAUGGAGUGGUGGAUUUAGGGGCCCCGGUGCUGAGCAGCCCAGGGAGGACUCAGGUGGAGAUGUUGGGCUACGGCUCUCUGCAGUGGAACCCCAUGAAGCCAAGUGGGGUGCAGGUUCGACUGCCUCUGCUGGCAUUCAAUCAGAUGCCUUGCCAAUGGGCAUGGGCACUGAAAAUCACUGGAGUGGCAUGAACAGAAACUGCUGAAAAAUUGUUUUCGAUGAAAUACAUUUUGUGAGACUGAUUUUAAGAAUGUUUACAUACUGGGAAUAUUGAUUAUUUUUAAUAAUGUGUUUAUGUGUUGCAUAUUUGAGUGAGAAUUAUUGAAUAAAGAAGUAAACAUUA